AUCUGAGAGGUGAGGCAAAUUGAUUUGUUAAGGAGAUGAGGAACAGGGAUUCUAAUAAAGAAGAGCUCUCCUUCAAAGCGCACCACAUUGCAAGUUUCAUUGAAGGGGAAGAAAAACUUACAGCCUCUAGUGUUGUUCACCAUAUAAGCUUAUUACACAGAGGAGGUCGUAUUGACGAGACACCAUGUAAAGUCAGACUAGAUAAGAAAGGAAUUUUAAUUGAAUUAAAUUCUUCGGAGGAGGUCGUGGAAUUUUUCGAAUGGUCUUCCAUAAGCGACCAAGCAGCAAUUUUCAAACGGUCGGAUGACUUCCAGUAUGGAUAUCUUAUACUUUUUCGGUGCUCACAGUAUAAUGCAGAUCUCGAGCUUAAAGAUUCUGAAGUUCACGUCUUUAGUUGCGAAACGAAAGAUGAUGCUAAACUACUGGUUGACUCGAUAUAUAAUCAGAAGAACUCAGCCCUCGGACUCAACUCAAAUGGAGACGCUUCAAGAAGUCCUGAAGUAAAUUUGCGUCGCUGCAGGUCAGAAGAAAAAAUAGACUCUACAGGAUAUGAUGGUGGAAGAAACUUUUAUAUGCUUAACCAAUGUAUAGACGAUAUAGAAUGCUUCGAAAAUCGUCUAGAGAAAGCGAUCAAACGAAAGUCGUCUUACAACAGAAAUAGUUCAGCCGAAGGAGUUUCGAACAAUGUAAGUUUUCCAAGUAAACAAGACGCUCAAGAAAUAAUCAGAAAAGUAAAAUAUGCUUUUAAUUUGAAUGAACAAAUUCAACCACAUAUUCCAGAAGAAAUAUCAAAGAAAAUUUUCAUUCGACUAUUCAACACCGUUCAGUGGUUGGAUAAAGUUUGUCGACAUAAUAUUGUACCUGACUAUGACCAACAUAUGGUGCGUGAGAUUGUUGAACCUCUAUUGGAAGAGGCUACGCUUGCAACGAUUGCAAAAAGAUUACAAAAUAAAAUCGAGUUUUGGAAAGGACUUGGUCCUGCUUGGAAUACUCCACCUGAAAGAUGGAGCGAACAUCUCGCUCGAUAUUCCCCACAGUUUGCCUCUAAAUCUGUUAAUAAACGCCAAACAUGGCAUGCCGAAGCUAACAUAGUAACGCCAAGCGUGGGAGAUGUUGAAAUAAAAGUAACACAAACAAUCUCACCACGCCAUUCUCCUAUUCCUUCUGAACGAGCCAGAACUCCUUCACCCGUGCGUCAAAUUGGCACGGAAACCGUACCUAUGGACAAUGUGAAUACAGCAGUAUUAAAUCUUACUAAUGUUACAGUGGAAAAAUCUCCAGAACAAAGAGUGAAGUCAGUAGAUCAACGUAGUAGCCACCCUCAGCGUCGUUGGGAUUCUGAAGAAAAAUGGUGUGUUGUAAAUGUACUACAUGUAGGUGCAAAACCUCAAGAGCUAACUGUACAACCAGGCGAUGUUCUACAAAUUCUAAAUAGCAGUAAAGGUGAUUGGUGGUUAUUACAAAAUGAUGCAGGAGAAUCUGGUGAAGUACCUGCUUGGAAAUUAAAAGCUUAUAAUUAUCGACCGGAUCAUCCAACUACAGCUGGAUUAAAGAAAACUCCAUCGAUGAAUAAUUUAUUCUGUAGAAAAUCUACUGAAACAUUUGGAAAUGAUAAUGAUAAUGUUAGUUUGGAAAAUCAUUCCAAUUUCCAGUCACAAAGAAAUAAUUCACAUGCGCCCAAAAGUAUACUACGUGAUAAGUCUCCAACUAGGCAAACAGAUACUUCUGUUUUAAAUUUAAGUAUACCUAAUUCACCUACAGGACAAAAUUCUAACAAUGAUAAUAGAAUUAUGAAUGAUAAUUUUAAUACCAAUGCUAAUAAUAACGUUAUGUAUAUAACACCAUCACAACUUCAAGAAGCAAUCAAAAUUAAUAGUAAUUUGCCAAUGAUAUUAAUUCCAGUGCCUAGUUUAUAUAGUAAUAAUUCCGAUAUGUCAGCGAUUAAUUGGUCUAAUCUAAUUAACCCAAAUACAAAUGGUGCUGAGUUAGCGAGAACUCCCAAUCCUGGUGCAUUAGGACCAGGCUGGAAACCAGCUCCAAUAUUGAGUACUUCAGCAACUGAAGCUUUGGGCUACUCUCCAUAUCCUUUCAAUUAUCCAACUCAUAUGCAUACUAUGACAAGAGAAUUGAGAGAAAGAUUGUCUAAAAUGCAACUUGGAGGAGGAACUGGUCUUAAAUCAGUGCCUAUACCCUCCACGACACUUGAUAAACCUGAUCAAAGAUUAUCAAAAUAUGCAUCCAAGGAAGAAGUUGCAGAAUGGUUAGUAGCGCAUCAAUUCUCGCCAAAAGCUAUAUCUGCGUUGAAAGGAUUUAAAGGAAUGGAUCUUUAUACAAUGAAUCGAACCCAGUUAGAGCAACAUGUUGGACCAGAGAGAUGCGAUGAACUAUUUUAUGCAUUCCGAGGCACCUAAUUCAAUUUCAAUAAUUAUUAAAUUAAUAAUUAUGUAAACUGUUCAUAUCAGAAGCUUAGUAAAAUCUUCAAAAUCCAGUUUUUAAUCCUUCUUUCUGUUUUUAUCACCAUGUUGAUUAGUGAUCAUUAGUUUGAGUUAAUAUGAAUGAUUCCUAACAGCAUUUCGGAAAAUUUAGAAGCCAGUCUUUAUUAACAAUAUUAUUUUCUAUGAAUCAAUGCCGAAUGAGGUACUAUAAUACAGUUCUUUUCGGGACUUAUACGUAACCUACUUAUACACCUGUUUUUAUGUAUUGAUAUUUCUAAUGCUAUAUUUGUGAAUGAAGGUUGUUUUGCAAACAAUAAUUUCCUCUGUUUUAUUACAUAUAGAACAGCACAACUGCAACAUGAUUACAUUUUGUCCAUGUAAUCAGAAUAUCUGAAGUUUACUGUCAAAAAAUGAUCACGUUACUUUUAUACAUUUUAUUGAUUAUUUUGUCAAAGGUAUAAGUUUUAUUUGCACAAGGAUUUAAGAACGUCCGGUGUGAGAAAGCCGCGGAAAAGCUCCAGAUUCGUUGUGAAAUGAAUCAUUUCAUUUUCGGAGUAUUUAAUCCAUAUUUUGCCUUCAAUCGAUCUAAUUCUUCUUUCUUUUUGUCUACAUCAGUUUUCUUGAAUUGCUACAAAAGGAAUGAGAAGUUGUUAAGAGCAACCAAAAAAUAUUAUGUACAUACGUAUAGUUAUGGUUAAAAAGAACCUGAUAUUUAUACACGAACCCAGAGACUACAGGUUUUGAUUGAAACAGUUGAAGUUAACUCGGUUAACAAGCAUAGAUUCGUUUACUAUGUCAAACACAUCAAUCAAGUGAAACUUGUUAAAUAGGUCGGAGUAAUGCAAGCAUCAAAAAACCGUCUAGCUCGUUCAAUGUUUUCGCCUUAACUAUAUGGUACUUAUACUGGACAGAAAACCCGGUAUGCCCUUAUACUUAUUAUCAAAAAGCUCUGAACUAAAGGAUGCUUUAAUAUCGGCUGAUUUAUCGGUGUUGCAUUUAAAUUCUUAAGCAGUAUGAAGACUACCAUAUUACCCUGAUGUUUUACGGCUGUAUAAACUUUACAGACAAAUAAUUUUUGUUGACGUCAUCAUAUGGAAAUAUACAAAUCAAUAUAAAGCAUGAUAACGACACAAUAAAACAAUACAGAAUACCUUGUUUCUCUGGUAGUACAGAACUACGAGAUAUCGGUUACAAACGUUAAAGCCACUGAGGUGAUCACAAGCGUUCUUAGCGUCAAAAAUGUCUUCAUAGAUAACCAGAGCAGUUCCUUUCGUUUCAGGGGUGUUGCCAAUGCGAAUUUGACGGAUAGCACCGUACUUGCCGAAAAUAUCAUACAUUUCUUCCGCUGAUAUGUUAUAGGGUAGAUUUUUCACCAACAAGAUCCUAUUUACCUCUGGAGGUAGACGAGUCUAACGAUCAAAUUCAAAAAGAGCAUUACUAGUUUUUGAGAAAACUGUAUUUUGAUCCAAAUACCAUAGAUAAGGUUUCCUCACUUUAAUAUGGAUGUCAAUAGCUCUCUAAACGAAAACCACUAUUAAAUUAGCAUUUUUAAAAUUACCAACUUUAGUGAUACUGCCUUUUUUGUAGAAAAGAUGAGUUAGAAAACCUAGGUCCUAGAGAGGUCAGACACGAUUGGUUUGCUACUGAAAUAUGAAUACGGAGAAGCCACCUAGGCGAAUUGAAAAAUUCGGAUUCCAAACCAAUAGUGAACAUGAGUGUCAGGAUCCUAUGGAAUAAUGGUGUACCGGUCAUCAGCUAACAUGGGAUCGCAUCUCCUAAUGAUGCUCCACCAUCUUGUGGAUUGGACCUCCACAUCAAAUGUCCGCGAAGUAGCUCUGUAAAAAAGCCAUCUGCUUCGAUCUGAGCAUCAGGGCGGUAUGCUAACCCGUUUACUAGCUAAAUUAUGACUACAAUUACAAAAACUAUUCGCGCUUUAAUUCUCAUACCCGCAAAUCACACAAAACUACUUAUUAAUACUUAUUUUUAUUUUACAUUAUGUCACUUGUCUAUUAGUAUAUACCCAUUUUGUACAUUCCUUUAUUUUUCAACUCCCAUGGCAGCUCUAUGGUGGAAAAUCUGUUCUAUCUAAACGAUCUUGCGUCACUGACCAGUUAAAAGUUGAGCACUACCAUUGAAUACGAAAUUUGAAACAGCCUUUAUGAAACCACGUGUGCCAUUCAAACUGGUCUCAUUCAACGUUCGCACACUAAUGCAGAUCAGACAACAGACAGGGUUAUCUAUGUCUUUAGAAAGUAUCAACAUCGAUGUCUGUUGUCUAUCCGAUACCCAUAUUCAAAACUCUGCUGAAAUACUACAGAUUUGCUCUCCUUAUGUCACUUCGAAAGGCUUAUUUCACAUGCGUUUACCCGGGGACCCCGUGACACCAUCUAGUUUUAGUUGCAUUAAGCGCUAGAGCUGAGGCAGCACUAAUCGAUUGAACCCUCAUUAAUAGACAAUUAUGCAUUGUUAGGUUGCCGGCUGCGAAAAGUGGCGAGGUGGUCAGUGUAUGACAUGCUGCCAAGGCACAAAGGAAAGCUGUGCAAGACUGGCUUCUGUUGGUCCUUCAGGACUCCCUAGUUAGAAUACUGAAGACAGAAAAACACAAUUGUUCGACAGGUUAUUAUACAUGGCUCAGAACAGAAGCCAGUAGUGAUCCUGCUGUAACUUUCACUUUCUUCACGAAAGUAAGAGUAACUUCUACGACUGAAAGAAAUCUCUGGUCGUUUUUUCCGAACUGAACUGCUUCUGCUAUUAUUUUCUUUUACUCCUACUCACCUGUUUUUAUUCAUUUAGUUUUAUAUACUAUGCUCACCUUUCUCUACCUCUUUACAAUUACAUUCUCUUAUUAUAUGGUGCAUACUGUACUACUAUCUAGAUUUCAAUAAAUAAAUAAUGAGAAACGUG